AAAAUCAAAAAUGUUGAAUGUUGAACUGUAAAUAAACAUAUCGUGCACGUGCUGUAUAAACUUUGCUAUUUAAUAUUGUGUAUUAAAUAUUAUAAUAGCCCUGAGCGCGAGCCUAUUACAAAAUGGCGGGACUUCUGCUCAGCUCGACAGAAAAAAUGUAUAUAUUACAUGGUGUUCAGGAUGACUACCGUUCAGAUGGCAGAUCAAAUAUUGAUUAUAGACCUAUGGAACUUGAAACUGAUGUAGUGAGCCAUGCCAGUGGGUCAGCAAGGCUCCGGCUUGCUAAUACAGACAUUCUCGUAGGUGUUAAGACAGAGAUAGAUGAACCAAAACCUAACAAUCCAGGCUUGGGGAAAAUAGAGUUUUUUGUCGAUUGUUCAGCGAAUGCGACUCCAGAAUUUGAAGGCCGUGGUGGCGAACAACUUGCCAACAUGAUAUCAAAUUUGAUGCAGAGAGCUUAUCACUCUUCACAAGCAUUUGACUUAAAACAGUUGUGUAUAUUAGAAGGGAAACAGUGCUGGAAACUUUAUGUUGAUAUUUUGAUUUUAGAAUGUGGAGGCAACCUAUGUGAUGCUGUAUCCCUUGCUGUUAAAGCUGCUUUGUUUAACACGAGAAUACCAUUUGUGAAAGCAGCUCUCAUGGAUGGAGGCAGUGUUGACUUUCAGCUAUCAGAUGACCCAUAUGACUGCAAAUUGUUAGAAGUUGGUAAUGCACCACUCUUGGUGACACUCUGUAAAAUUGGUAAUAAAUGUGUGGUUGAUCCAUCAGCUGAAGAGGAAAGCUGUAGUGUUAUAUCUUUGAUAGUUGGCAUUACUGGCAACCCCAAGUACUACAGUAAAGAAUCAAAAGCUUCACUUAAUUUUGAGUGUAAAUGCAGCACAAUUGGAAUGAAUGGUCCAGGAAGUGUGGCCCCUGAGACUUUUAAAGCUGCCAUUACCCAGGGAAUUAUUGCAGCUAAGUGCUUAGACGAAGCUUUAGGCAGAACACUUUUACGAGAAAGGCAGGAAUGUGGUAGUUACAAGAAAAAUUCUUAUGGAUUCCUGAAAUAAAAUCUAUGAAUAAAUAA